CAAUAUAAGCCAGUAGCAUCAGCUGUUACUAAUUACUUCCAGGGUAGCAGUGCUACUUUGUGUCUGGAGGUGGAGACUGGUGGAGGGGGAUUUUACUUUUUAGCAGCCGCUUCAGCAUUAGUACUGAAGUGGUUAGUAAUCCUGUUGCCUUGGGAGGCAAAAAGAAAACCACAAUAAAAAAGAGAGAGAGAGAGAGAUUCUGAGAGAGAAGGAAUGAAGAAGGGGAAUUUAGCGCCUAAUCUCAAGCUGUCCCUCCCUCCUCCUGAUGAAGUUGCUCUUUCUAAAUUCUUGACUGAAUCGGGGACCUUCAAGGAUGGUGAUCUCUUGGUCAACAGAGAUGGGGUUAGAGUUGUUUCUCAGAAUCAAGUUGAAGCUCCAUCUCUUAUACGGCCGUCAGAUAACCAGUUGAGCUUAGCAGAUUUUGAUGCAGUUAAAGUCAUCGGGAAAGGGAAUGGUGGCAUUGUGCGCCUGGUCCAACAUAAAUGGACAGGGCAAUUUUUUGCCCUAAAGGUUAUUCAAAUGAAUAUUGAAGAGUCUGCUCGCAGGCACAUUGCACAGGAAUUGAAAAUCAACCAGUCAUCUCAAUGUCCCUAUGUUGUUGUGUGUUACCAGUCUUUCUAUGAUAAUGGUGCUAUAUCCAUAAUCUUGGAGUAUAUGGAUGGAGGAUCUCUGGCAGACUUUCUAAAGAAAGUCAGAACCAUUCCGGAGCCAUAUCUUGCUGCAAUCUGCAAGCAGGUACUGAAGGGCUUGUGGUAUCUUCACCAUGAAAAGCACAUUAUACACAGGGACUUAAAACCUUCCAAUUUGCUAGUAAAUCACAGAGGUGAAGUCAAGAUCACUGAUUUUGGUGUCAGUGCAAUACUAGCAAGCACAUCAGGACUGGCUAAUACAUUUGUUGGCACAUACAAUUAUAUGUCUCCCGAGAGGAUCGUUGGGAGCACCUAUGGCUACAGAAGUGACAUCUGGAGUCUGGGUUUGGUUUUGCUUGAGUGUGCAACAGGCCAGUUCCCUUAUUCCCCCCCACAGCCUGGGGAAGGAUGGAUUAAUGUGUACGAGCUGAUGGAAACCAUUGUUGACCACCCUGCCCCUCGUGCACCUUCUGAUCUAUUUUCUCCAGAAUUCUGUUCAUUUAUCUCUGCAUGUAUACAGAAAGAUCCAAAAGAUAGGCUGUCAGCAAAUGAACUCAUGACGCACCCGUUCCUAAGUAAAUUUGGAGAUCUGGAUAUUGAUCUUGCUCCUUACUUUACCAGUGCCGGUCCACCACUUGCAACAUUGUAAUCAUUCUUGCCUGUGCCUUCUUGUAUUUGCUGCUUUUGAUAUUGAGCUAGCCUAAUUCGGACACCUUGAGAAUCUAUCCUUGGGGAUCUAGCUGAAUUUCGGAUGAAAUCUCCAGCAAUUGUUGACUGGCAGGCAGGCAGAAUGUGGCUGGAAGAAAUGAUGCUUCCAGAGCUAUUCAUAUUCAGGGUUUGGAAGUUGGGUUGACCUCUAGUGUUUGUAAACUCUAUUAUAUUGAAAUACAGUUUGCUUGAGCACAAAAAUGCAGGAUAAUAGCAGUACAUCAUUCCCCACCUAUUCAUCAUGUAUCAAGCUCAAAUAUUUACCGCUGCAUGUAAUGCAUUGAAAGACGGAAAUGGCUCUGUUUUGUUCGUAAUACUUGAAUGAGCUGAAUCUAUGAGGAUACUCAUUAUUUCUCAA